GGUCAUACGGGGUCUUGCCAUUUAAAGAUGGCUGCCGCAAAGCUACCAUGCCGGGUCUUGGACGUGAUUUUCGGUUAUUUAGACCUGCCAGACCUUGCAAACUGCGCUCUGGUCUGCCAGCACUGGUGUCAAUACCUCAGUGAUGAAAACAGCGACGUUUGGAGGCUCCAGUGCGUGCAGAAAGUGGCAGACGAGGCGUUGAAAUCCGAUAUUUUGUGCAAUGUUACCUCAUACAAAGCCAAGGCAAUGGCGUUCUGUCAUGCUUGGAACCCUCAGGAUUGUUCCCGGAACAUUUACAUUAAACCGAACGGUUUUACGUUACAUCGGAACCCCGUGGCGCAGUCUACGGACGGGGUCCGCGGCAAGAUCGGCUUCAACAGCGGACGGCAUGCCUGGGAAGUGUGGUGGGAUGGGCCUCUCGGGACGGUAGCAGUGGUGGGGAUAGCCACGAAACAUGCACCUAUGCAGUGUCAUGGCUACGUGGCUCUCCUGGGGAGUGAUGACCAGUCCUGGGGGUGGAACCUUGUGGACAACCACCUGCUGCACAACGGGGACAGCCAGGGCAAUUUCCCACAGUGCAAUAAUGCACCAAAGUAUCAGGUAGGAGAAAGGAUCCGGGUAAUUCUGGACAUGGAUGACAACACGUUGUCCUUUGAGCGGGGGUAUGAGUUCCUGGGUGUGGCGUUCCGAGGACUGCCGUCAGUAAAACUGUUCCCUGCUGUGUCUGCUGUGUACGGUAACACUGAGGUGUGUAUGGUGUAUCUGGGUCCACCCCUGGAUGGCUAGUGGACUGGGUAACACUGAGGUGUGCAUGGUGUACCUGGGUCCACCCCUGGAUGGCUAGUGGACAGGUAAUAAAUAAUGAGUAUAGGUACUGGUUGCGACAAGAAGGUUAAAGUGAGACUUUAACCACCUUGUGUUCUCCAAGUAGAGGUUUUGGUCAUGGGGAUAGGGCCAAAGAAAAAAAUGUUGUGUUUCCUGUUUCAGUCCUGAAAAGAAUUAGGGUCGGUAGGUAGGGAUUAUCUUUUCUAUUUCUUGUAAUUUUCUUUAGUCUGGCCACUCUAGUGAUACUCGUAAGUAUUGCAAUACAGUUGAGCAAAGUAAACUGAAAUGGACACUUGACUAGUCUUUCAAUGUCAAAGUUUAAUUUUGAUUUGAUAGAUACAUUUAUCCUUCAUUAGAUAGGACAAGCAGUGUUUUUACUUCAAUAGGUUUACUUCAGUUUACUUCAAUUCAGGCUGAAUAAGAAUUCUAAGUGGAAGCUAUGUGACUCCACUGCCUACUCCCCAAAAAAGGCUAGGGUCGGCAGGUUUUUCUAGGAAAAUAGGAAGUACAUGUACAACAUUUUUUUCUAAAUAAAGUAAAGGGAGACAGAAGUAUGAAAUUCCAGUCACUACUAUUCCCAAAACCAAAACCUCUGCUUGGAGAAUAACUUGGUUGCAACUAUUGGAGCAGUAGUAAACUACACAGAAUUCAUUGGAAUAUUCCACUGGGCCCCCUCCCCUCUCCAUCCACCUUGACACAGCAACUUGGCCAGUUCAAAUGUAAAGUAAUGUACAUGGAACUGUUGGAUAUGUGCAAUAGAGUAGAUAGGUUCUUGUGAAUACAGGGAAUAAUAGUGUCUGAUUAGAAAUGUGUGUGAUGAAACGAGGUACAUAGUGAUAUAGACUAAGAUAGGAACUGCACACAAUAAUGCAUUGUUGAAGAAGUGUGAACAUAAACAAAGAAAUGUUGCAUGCAUGUAUUUAUAGAUGUGAUGUUUUAGGAAAUGUUUGAUAGAAACAAAUGAUAACUAUUGCAUUGUUUAGGUCAAAAUUUACCAAAUGUAUCAUACUUUGUGAUUUAUAAGAUGUUAAGUAUAGUGUCUACCCAUUAUUCUGGCUAUACAGUAUACAAUUGUCCAGGUAUACUGUAUAGGCUUAUGUCACAUUUCCAAACAGAGGCCCUGCCGGGCUGUUGGUGGAAAUGGAAAAUAGAAAUGUAUACAUACAAAUAAUUUUACCCAAAUAACGCCUACUUACUUUCUAUUUUCGUCUUGGGUAGUGUAGUGUCUUUUGUAUCAUACUUUCUGUUCCCGAAAGCUGCCCAUCUGGGCCCCAGUUUGGAAAUUUGACGUAGGCCAUAUAGCAUUAUAGGGAUCUUUCCAGUUUUGAGAUCAUCCCUAUAAUGUAGAUAAACAUAUGGUAUGGGUAUAAGCCGUCUACAAUAUGUAAGUGGGGCAAGUGCAUAAAAAUCUACUGACCCAAGCCAACUUUUCAUUGGCUAAAAGUUGAAAUAACACAUCUCUGUGCAAUUUUUCUUGCAGCAAAGAAAUCCUUUUAUUUUUCAGUAGAAAAAAUCUGGUGCCCACAUCUACCUAAUAUGGAAAAGUUGCACUGGCCCUAUUGGGCACUUUGACUUGCCCCAGUCAAUUGUAACCCUGUAUAAUAUCCUAAAUCACACAUCUUUAUGCCUAUAAACAUGGUGAGUAGGUAGAUGUAGGGUGGACUUGGUCCGGGCAAGCAGCCUGCAAUGAUGAUGAUGAUGAGAUAGAUGUAUUUGUGUACGUGUGAUAUGUUAUCAAGGCCCUAUUCACAUUGUCAAUACGUAAAGAAUGGGUCAUAAAACCUGAUAGAGAAAAUGUUGUCAUGCAUAUUUUAAGUUAUUUCUGUUAAAACAGUAAAAUCUUACAUUCAUUUAGAUAGAUUCAAUUGAAAUGAAAGGAAACAAAGAUUGAUAUUGAUAUUUUUGAAGAGUUGGAAAGUUAGAAACAUUACAAUGUGAGAUCUUAGUAACUUUGUAAUUUUCACAUCUACAAUCAUUAUGGCAUAGCCACCA